AUGACGCCGAAGCGCAUGCGUGCGCGCCGCGAGAAGAAACGCGAUUCCGCAGCGAACGGCGCGCCAGCGGAGCCGCAAACGCCGCCAGCAACGCCGGAGCCCUGCGACGAGCCGCCGACGCCGCCGGCAUCGCCGGAGCCCUGCGACGAGCCGCCGCCGCCGCCGGAUUCGCCGGAGCCGCGCGACGAGUCCUACGACAGCACGGCCUACGAGGCCUACGCCUCGACUUACGACGCGCCGCCGGAACCGUCGCCGGAGCCGGCGCCGGAGCCGCCCGCGCCGCCGCCGUCGCCGCCGGAACCGUCGCCGCCCGCAUCGCCGGAAGCGCCGUCGCCGUCGCCGCCUUCGUCGCCUUCGUCGCCGCCGGCGCCGUCGCCGCCGCGCGCGUGGGCCGUGGGCGUCGAGUUCGACGCGCGCGCGGGCCCGCGGGCGACGUGGGUCGAGCCGCGCGAGGACGCCGCGGUCGUCGCGGCGCUCGAGGCGGAGCUCCCCUUCGCGUGCCUCGCGGAGAACACGCGGAGCGUCGACGGCACGGCCCAGGAGCCGCGCGCGACGUGCUUCGUCGUCGAGACGGCCGACGGGCGGACGCUCUUCGGCUGCUCGUACAUGCGGAGCGAGCUCGCGGCGGCCGCGGCGCGCGGCGCGGAGCAGCGCGCCGUCGCCGUCGUCUCCGUCUUCCCGGCCUACGACCUCCUCGAGGAGCGCGUGCUCGCGCUCAGCGUGCUCGCGCUCGACGAGGCCCACGAGGCGAGAAAGGCGCGCGCCGUCGCCGCGGCCGCGGGCCGCGACGCGGCCGCGCGGUGCGCGGGGAGCGGCGACUUCGCCGCGGGCGUCGCGCUGGGCCCCGCGCUCGGGCGCCUCGGCCCGGGCGACGUCGUGCGGCUGUUGCGC